AUGCCAUCGGUACCAGUAUUGAAGUUUCAUGCGGGAAAGGUUGAUUUCAACGAGCAGACAGGAAUCUAUACUCCGAACUCUGUCAAAGGAGAAAUAAUACUUCAACCAAGUGAAGAGGGUGAAGGCUUUUACAGCUUUAAAUGGAGUCCCAGGGAUGACACAGUUUCUGGUGUGGAAAGCGAAGAUCUUCUUUUAAUAGCAGAUGAUGUUGCCUGGAGACACGUGAAAUCAUGCAAAACAGGAAGAGUUUACAUGCUGCUGUUCUUGAGCUCAGGCGCCAAACACAUGUAUUGGAUGCAAGAUGAUAAUGGCGAGGAAGAUGACCCAUCAAAGGAGACAGAAAAGGACAAGAAGAUCUUUGAAAAAUUCCAUGAGCUUUUCCAUACUUCGUGA